AUGAGCGAUCUUCAUGAUGAGGGCAUUGCCAUCGUGGGCAUGGGCAAGUCACCCCCCCCCUUAGUCCUUGCCCUCCCAAUCAAUCCAGAAUCCGGAGCUAACAAUUAUGAUCUUUACCAGCGUGUCGCCUUCCCGGAGAUCCAGAAGCUCACUCGCGGCCCCUUCCCUGAAAGCCGAUUCAAUCCUACAGCGUUCUACAACCCCCAGAAAGGGCGGCCGGGAAACAUCCGAUAUACUGAAGGCUACUGCGUUUCCAACGACCUUGAAGACUUUGACGCCGGUUUCUUCAAUGUCAAUCCAACGGAUGCCCUAUACCUUGAUCCCCAGCAACGCCAGUUGCUCGAGUGCUGCUUUGAAUGUAUGGAGUCGGGAGGCAUCACCCUUGAGAACGUUUCUGGUACUGAGACGGGGGUCUACGUUGGCAGCUUUGCCAGCGACUAUGAGACGCUUGCCUUCAAAGAGCCGGAACGCAUUGAAGGAAUGGCCGUACUUGGAAUGGGUCGGACGACUAUCAGCAACCGCGUGAGCUACAUGUAUAACCUUCACGGGCCAAGUGUGACGAUGGAUACGGCGUGUUCUUCGACACUGUACGCUUUGCACUUUGCAGUGCAAGCCCUGCGCAACGGUCAGAUCCCGGCGGCGUUUGUUGGAGGCGUUAACCUGAUCCUCACGCUUGAAUACCAUUUUGCCAUUGGACAGAUUGGGGCUCUUUCCCCAACCGCGCAGUGUCAUGCCUUCGAUGCUUCUGCUGAUGGCUACUCGCGUGGCGAAGCUAUCAAUGUUCUUUACCUCAAGCGCGUAUCUGACGCGAUUCGAGACGGUGAUCCGAUUCGCGGUGUGAUCCGUGGGUCAUCCUUGACUGCGAACGGCAAGAACAAUGGUAUCACACUUCCAAGUGCGCUUGCUCAGGAACUGGCAAUCCGAAACGCCUACGAGCACUCCGGGCCACUGGACUAUAACGCGGUUGGCUAUCUCGAAUGCCAUGGCACUGGAACCCCUGCGGGAGACCCAAUCGAAACCACAGCAAUUGCGAACGUGUUUGGUACUCACCGAGAGUGGCAUGAGCCGUUGUAUAUUGGGUCUACCAAACCGCAGGUUGGUCAUGGUGAGGCUUGCUCGGCCAUCACGAGUAUCAUGAAGGUUGCUCUGGCAAUUGAGAACGGGGUCAUCCCGGGUACGAUUGGAGUCAAGAAGCUCAAUCCUGCACUGGACCUCAGAGGGGGCGCGCUGGCCGUACUUACUCAGAAUACCCCAUGGCCAGAAGGCAAGGCGAAACGUGCAUCUAUCAACUCGUCCGGGUAUGGCGGAGCCAACGGACACGUCGUGAUUGACGGAGUCGAUGAGUAUUUCCAAAGCAUUGGCAUGCCAAACCCUUUUAGUGAGCGUUCCACUGUGGACCCGUAUGACACAAUCAUCCAGAAACGGUUUUUGUUGCCUGUCACGGGCCACGACGAGUAUUCCAUGCAGGAAGGCUUGAGUAACUUGGUGAAGGUGGUGGAGAGUCAGGCCUAUGACUUCCACGAGUUACUACACACUAUGAUUGCGCGACGCACACGCUUCCACCACCGAGGCGUCAUUCCCGUGGAGAUGACGAGCUCAAGAAGUCUGACGUUGAAAGAGCCCAUCACCGGUCGUACUAACAACAGCGUUCCGGUCAUUGCGUUUGCUUUCACUGGUCAGGGUGCCCAAUGGGCUGAGAUGGGCCGCCAGCUGCUGGACUGCUACCCGUCAGUGCAGCAGACGUUCAAGCGACUGAACUUGGCCUUGUCCCAACUCAAGGAGCGGCCAGAAUGGACGCUCGAAGAAAUCCUGCUCGAACCCGCUGAGACAAGCAGAAUCAGCAAGGUUUCCUUCUCGCAACCAAUCUGCACAGCAAUUCAGAUUGCCCUUGUUGAUUUACUUCGAGAAUGGGGUGUCAAGCCUCAAGCCACCGUCGGCCAUUCGUCUGGCGAGUUAGCUGCAGCCUACGCAGCCCAACUCAUAACAGCCGAAGAAGCCAUCAUCGCAGCCUACCUGAGAGGCGUUCACGCUACGCUGACCCAGGCACCCGGGUCAAUGAUGGCCGUCGCAAUGGGCGCGCAUGAAGCUGAGAAGUUCCUCGCGGACAAUGAGAUUUCGACCGCCGAUGUUGUUGUUGCCUGCGUGAACUCACCUCAGAGCGUCACCUUGAGUGGCAAAAUUGAGCCCAUUGACAAGCUGCAUCGAGUUCUCAAGGAACAGGCAAUUCUGUGCAAGAAGCUUCCGACGGGGGGGAAGGCGUACCAUUCCCCAAGUAUGAAGGAGGUCGGUUCUGGUUACAGUGAAGCUAUCUUGGAGGCGACCAGUCGUCCGAACGACGGUGGAGCCGUGCGCCCAAUUGCUCCAGCUCUUGAAGGUACAGAGAGACCUGUCAUGGUCUCUUCAGUGACACUGGCACAUCUCCAGCCAGGAGAUAUCGACGGAACGUACUGGCAAACCAACUUGGAGAACCCAGUUUUAUUUGAUCCUGCCAUGAAAGAGCUACUGAGUCUCAAAUUUGGACCGGAGGACCGACAUGUUGACUGCGUGAUUGAGAUCGGACCGCAUAGCGCUCUUCAGGGUCCGAUCAAGCAGAUCAUUGCGUCGCCAGAAGUUCAAGACAUUUGGAAUGCGUCGUUGGGAACCGCGGCCAAGGUGACUUACGAGCAGACACUCGAACGCGGUCAUGACGCCGAAGAGGACAUGCUACGGCUGGCAACCAGCCUCUUCAUCAAGGGAUACCCGGUGAACAUGCUUCAUGUCAACGGCCAUCUGGCUUACCGUCCAUCGAAGGUCCUUAUUGACCUUCCUAAAUAUCCAUGGAACCACCAAACCAAGCAUCCCUUGGUCGUGAACCGGGCCACAAAAGACUACAAGUUCGCCACUCAUCCCCGUCAUGAUCUCAUCGGAAGUCGCCUACCAGGAGGAAAUCGUAUGGAGCCCAUCUGGAGGAACUACCUUCGCUUAGAUGAUGUGCCGUGGAUCAAGGAUCAUGUGAUUGGCAGCGCUAUCAUCGUCCCUGGUGCGGCGUAUUUGGCUAUGGCUGUUGAGGCCGCCGCCCAAUUCGCCGAAGACACUACACUGGGCGGCCCGCCGUUCGACUUCGAGGAUGCCAAGUUCCAUCUUCAAACCGUUACCAUCAAGGCAGCUCUCGUUCUGCCAGCGAGCGGCACUGCCGACAUCAUGAUCAAUCUGCGGCCUACCGAAGCCUCCGCUGCCUCCAACCGGCUAGAGUUCAAGAUCUGCUCUGUUGCAGACGACCGGUGGAUUGAGCAUGCAGAGGGCAUCGUUUCCUUCGAGCUUACGCACGGAUCCAGAACUCAAAAGACACCUUUCAACGGGGAGACCGAAGAGCCGAUGUUCGAGCAGACUUUCAACAAGGAUGCCUGGUACGAGCGACUGAAGUACCGCGGCUUCGACUUUGGUCCCCGGUUCCGAGUGAUCGACGAGAUCCAGGUUCUGCCACAUGCGUCGCGUGCCCGUGCCCAGACUCACAUUCUCAAGACCAUGGAUCCGAGAUCCACAGAUACCAGCGAGUCCCGAUACGCGAUUCAUCCGCUAACGAUCGAUGCGGUCUUGCAGGGGCGAGUCGCCUCUGUCUACACUAGCCGUGCAGACCGAGAGGAGGCCACGCAGAUCCCUGUCUUCAUUGAGGAGAUGACAAUCAGCCCGGCAUCAUGGGCCAAGGACCAAACCGGCUUCAUUGAUAGCGUGGCCUGGACAGAAGGCGCCCGCAGUGGAGGCUCUCACUCCGCGUUGACAACGGAGAGCGGGUUCGAGAUCAUCUCCGCCAAGAACGUGAAGUGGCGCCAGUUUGAGAACCAGGGCAGCCAGGAGAAGAUGAACCAGGAUGCGACAGGGCGCGAGCCAUACUACCGCAUGCACUGGAAGCCCGACAUUGAUUUCCUCGAUACCGCUGGGGCGCACAGGCUGUACCAUAGUGAUUUCAAAUCACCUUCCGGUGCCGCGUAUCUGGAUGAGGUACAUUACAUCCGUACGCGACUGGAGACGGUGACGGUCCUCUACGUCUGUGGAGUACUAGAUAUGGUGCGCAGAGAGGAUCUCUCCACAGACCCAGAUUUGAAGUGGACUCACGGAUACUACAACUGGUUAUGUCACGUCAAGACCGAAGCGGCCGCGGGACGCAUGGUUCUGUGUGAGCCGAACGCCACCACUCUAAACCCCCAAGAGCGAGAGCAGCGGAUCAGGGAACUGUUGGCAGAGCUGCCGGAUGACUUUCCCCAGCUCGAAUUCAACGCCCUUGUCUACAACAACAUGGUUGAUAUUUUCAACGGCACCAAGGCCAGUAUUGAUCUAGCAGUGAAGGCUGAGAUUCUGGCCCGCGUGUACGCAGAUGGAUCCAUCCACGAUGCAGCCCGCAAGAACCUGGCCUCGGUGGUAGAUAUCAUGGCGCACAAGAACCCUACAAUGCGAGUGCUGGAGGUUGGAGCUGGCACAGGGAGCUGUACCAGUGUUGCACUCGAAGUGUUGAAUGCGUAUGACCGCGACAUGCCAGGCAAUUACCACCAUGCGAAGCGCUACCGCGAUUAUACCUUCACCGACAUCUCGCCGGCUUUCUUUGAGAAGGCUGAGGAGCUUUUUAGCGCUUACCCACCCAUGAUCUACCAGACGUUUGACGUGUCGGUUGACCCCGCAUCCCAAGGCUUCGAACUUGGCGCCUACGACCUCAUCCUUGCGUCCAAUGUUAUGCAUGCCCCUGGUAAUACCGAUCAGCUGUUGCGCAACUGCAGGCGGUUGCUCAAGCCAGGCGGCAAGUUGGUCAUGUUGGAGAUCACCAAGACAGAAAGUCUCUCGCCGGUGCAGUUCGCUUUUGGCACGUUGCCGAGUUUCUGGGAGUGUCUUGAUGACGUGGCUGCAGAGCGCCCCUUGGGACCAUUCCGCAGCCUCCCGUCAUGGGAGCAGCAGCUGGAAGCAUCUGGUUUCAAGGGCCUGGAUAUGGUCCUGACUGACUUUCCGAUGCCAUUGGAAUUGGAGAGUGUGAUGGUGGCAAGCACCAUUGCCGAUCCGCCCAAGCAGAAAUUGGAGCGUCUUGUGAUUGUGCAUUCCCCCAGCCAAGACGACCUGGCCCAAGCCGUCGAGCAGGAAUUCCUUCUCCAAGGCAAACUUACGGCUGAAGAUAUCAGCCACUACGCUCUUGAGUCGGUUCCUGCGGCUGAUGAACCCGUCGGUCAGAACAGCAACGCUACUUACCUAGUGCUCGAAGAGGUGCAGACGCCCGUUCUGGUUGAUAUGCAGCCGGAGCAAUUUGCCGGCCUGAAACGCCUCGUCGCAUCUGCCUCCAGUAUUCUAUGGGUGACCGGUGGAGAUCUCCUGGAAGGCCGGUACCCUGCAAUGGCUCUGGCCCAUGGUCUCAACACAGUCCUCAUGAACGAGAAUUCGACCCGCAAUCUCCGAUUUGCUGCGCUCGAUGUUGACUACAGGAAUACCAGCGAUGCCCCUGCUCUUGCCAAAGCGGUCGUGGAUGUGACCGGCACAGUCGCUGCCGCUCCAACUCGUGCCGAGUGUGAGACUGAUUUCAUGUUCAAGGAUGGAGUCUUGCAUGUCUGCCGAGUUGCUCCUGAUAUGGACCUGAACCAAGAAUUCACCCUCGACACGGGCAGUGAGGGCCGUCUGGAUCAGGAAUUUCCGACUUCGGGCAACGUCCAGCUUGCGAUGGGGACUCCUGGUUUAUUGGACACGGUCUAUUUCCGGGAAAGGCCGACUUGUGACAUGGCUCUGGACCCGGAUGAGGUGGAGGUCCACGUGCAAGCAGUCGGUCUGAACAUGAAGGACUAUGUAAUCGCCAUGGGCAAUUUCGAAAGCGUCAAGUCCAGUAACGAAAGCACGGGCUUUGUCGCGCGGGUUGGAAGUAAUGUCACGCAUCUGCAGCCUGGCGACAAGGUCAUUUGUCUCGAACGCGGACACUAUGACACUUUCCUGCGGAGCCCGGCCCUGAAGUGCCUGAAGCUCCCCGAUGAUGCAGACCUAGUGGCAAUGGCCACCGUCGGCAUUGCGCACGGAACGGCCCUCUACGCCCUGAAGUAUCUUGCUCAGCUGGAAGCCGGUGAGACCGUCCUUAUCCAGGCGGCCACUGGAGGGCUGGGACUGGCGGCCAUUCAAUAUGCGAAGUAUGUGGGCGCCGAAAUCUAUGCCACGGUAGGAACCCAGCAGAAGAAGGACUACUUGAUCAAGCAGUGUGACAUCCCGGCGGAUCACAUAUUCUGGUCCCGCUCGUUGCAGUAUAAGGAUGCUUUACUCCAAAAGACUGGCGGUCGGGGCGUUGAUGUUGUUCUCUCGACGAUAUCUGGCCCUGGCUUUCACGAAUCUCUCAAGUGCUUGGCGCCUUGUGGAAGAUUUAUUGAUGUAGGUCGUGGCAAUGUGCUGGACAAGGGCUCGAUGGGCCUGUACACGUUCGAUCGUAGCAUCAGCUUCUUCUCCUUUGAUCUCAACUUGAUUUUGGACGAAAAGCCGCGGAUCGCGCAAAGACUCAUGUCCGAUGCUUUGGGCCUUCUCGAGGAGGGUCAUAUAACUCCUAUCCGACUAGACAAGACCUUCCAUAUCACGGAGAUGGAGAGUGCGCUCCGAUACUUCGGCCAAGGACAGCAUAUCGGGAAAGUGGUACUGACGUACGGGCCCACCAGCAAUAAGAUCACCCUCAAGGGCGCUCUUCAACCGCGCGGGGUCGAUGCCCAAGCCAGCUACCUGCUGGUUGGAUGUCACGGAGGACUAGGCCACAGUAUGGCCGACUCUCUAGUUGAGCGAGGCGCCAGGAACUUGGUCUUCCUUGGCCGGUCGAGCGAGACCAAGCGGGAGAUUGCCUCCUUCUGCAAGCGGACACGGGCCAAGGGAGUGAACGUGGUGACCAUCCAAGGAGACGCCUCUAAGAUGGAAGAUGUCGAACGAGCGGUCGCCCAAGCUAUCUCCAUGGGACCACUGAGGGGAGUCGUGCAUGCGGCGAUGGUGUUGCAAGAUGCUUUCUUCGACCCCAUGACACUGGCCCAGUUUAACACAGCAGUGCGCCCUAAAGUGCAUGGUGCCCUGAAUCUCCACCGCGCCACGAUCCAAGCAAAUGCCGACCUCGACUUCUUCUUCAUGACCAGCUCAGCGGUGACGUACGUCGGACACAUCUCGCAGUCCAACUAUGCGGCGGCCAACACCGUGCUGGACAAUCUCGUGAGACAGCGUAUCCGCCGCGGCCUACCAGCGGUCACAGUCUCUCUAGGCCCGAUCAAGGGAGUCGGCACGUUGAACAACAAGCCCGAGUACGCUGAGAACCUCCUGCGUUCUGGUCUGAUUGAGGCAGAGGAAUCAGAAUUUAUUCGGCACUUUGAGCGCUUCACGACGCAUCCGCAGCCACCGUCGAAGCAGUUCGACCCGCUCACGCAGGGUCACAUCCUGACUGGCGUGGAAUAUGCUAAGCACGAUCUUAGCAUGGUCCAGGUCACACGUAUCGAGCAGGAUCGCCGCUCAGCCCUGCUCGUCACAACUCUUGAAUCCCGAAAGGCUGCGGCAGGCGGCGCCGGUCAUGGAGAUGCAGCUGCUGACGGCAGUGGUGAUGAUCAACUCGUUGCCAACCUCCCUGAAGAUCAGGACAAGGCAAUUAUCGUCCUUGCUGAAGCCAUUGGCCGCCGUCUGGCCAAGCUCCUCUUUAUUCCGCCGGAGGAUGUUGACAUUAGUCGGCCAUUCUCGCACUUCGGGCUUGACAGUAUGUCUGGCAGCGAGCUUAUUCAUUGGCUAAGCCAGAGAUUCGGUCUGGGCAUGUCAUUCCUGCAGCUGCUCGCGCCGUCUUGCACCCCGAAGAGCCUGGCAGGUACCGUGUUCGACACCCUUGUCAAGAACAAGACUGCGCAGGCAACGGACAGCGCGGGUCAUGAGAAGACCAAUGGUGCAAAUGGUACAUCGCACCAACAGGUGAAUGGUCAUUCUACGACCAACGGUGCCACUCAUGAUGGCUCCAAUGGCGUUACUCAGAACGGCAGCACCAACGGUCAUGUAGAAGAGCGAGAUGUUGUCAACGGCAGCAACGGCUCAACUACACACCGGAGCGACUCCCUGGUUGGGAAGUUCACUCAAGCAGUCCAGAAGGCCAUUGCUGAUCCUAAACCUGUUAUGCACUCCUAUGUGUGUACUGUUGUCGGUCGCCAAGGUGAGGAGCUCUACAGCCUUGCGGAAGGUGCGAUGUCGCCUGGGUCCAGCGAUAAGGCAGAUCUUGACUCGGUCUACUGCAUGGCGUCCCUCUCCAAACUCAUGACCACGGUAGGAGUCAUGAUUUGUGUCGAGCGCGGGCAGAUCUCCCUUGAUGAAGAUGUGGCUGCCAUCUUGCCGGAUCUGUGUGCGCUCCCAGUUCUCGACGGUGUCGAUUCUGAUGGGCAAUGUCGGACCAAACCCCGCACCAAGCCCAUCACGCUCCGCUUGCUGAUGAGCCACCAAAGCGGUUGUGGCUAUGACGAGAGCCCUGGUUUGCCACGAUGGGCGCGACAGAACGGUAUCACAGCUCGCACGUUCGACAGCGACUUUGAAGCCAUGAAGACCUACCCACUCCUCUUCGAGCCAGGCGAGGGCUGGAUGUACGGGUCCGGCAUGGACUGGGCAGGCGAGCUCAUCGCACGCAUCAACAACACCACCCUCGAGGACUUCCUCCGCACCAAUGUCUGGGGACGCCUCGGCAUGACCUCCACAACCUUCCACCCAGAGCACCACCCCGACAUCCUGCGCCGAAUCGUCCCCACAUACGAACGAACAGACGACCAAGGCCUCGCCCCGCGCGAACCCCUCUCCCGCAUCCCAGCGCUCCACGACUGCGCCGGCCACGGAAUCUGGUCCACCCCGCGCGACUGGACCCGCUUCAUAACCAUGAUCCUCGCCGACGGCGCGCCCCUCCUCAACCCCUCCAGCAUAGAGGAGAUCUUCCGCCCGCAAACCACCGGCGUCCCCGAGCUGCAAGCUCUCCUCUCUGGCCCGCUCCGCGCAUCCCUCCUGUCAACCGCCGCGAUGGAAGCCAACAACAUUGAGAUUGCGCUCGGCGGCCCCGUCUACAUGGACUCUAUCCCCGGCAAGCGCUCCGCGGGCACGCUGCAGUGGGCUGGCCGGCCGAAUCUGUUCUGGUGGAUUGAUCGGGCCAAGGGCGUUGCUGCGACUACGUUUACGCAGGUUAUUUCGCCGGCUGAUGGGCGGUUUGCGGCGUUGACGGGGGCGUUGGAGGUUGCUGUUUAUGCGGAGCUUGUUUGA